UAUUGUUUUGUCAGUCCGUUUCCAAUGCAAGCGGCUCGCUCGGACGCUGUUGCGAUUGUCACAGGUGGCACUCGCGGGAUUGGCGCUGCCAUUGCCAAGCGCCUGGCCCAGCAGUCAUUUCGCGUUGCAGUGCUGGCGCGGUCGGAACGCGACGUUGCUCAAGUUGCUGCGAAUCUGAACAAUCUGGGUGCGCAUGGACCAACCAGCCCAGUCGCUCCUGCCUCGCCGCCUUCACCAAGAGUCCCCACGACGACCACACGACCUGAGACGCCUGCGUCGGAAGGCAACCCAGCCAGCGCGGCGAGACACGUUGGAAUCGCGUGCGACUUGCGCAAUCCGGAAGCAGUGCAGCGUGCGAUCGCUGCAGUCAAGAGCCAGCUGGGACUUGCAUCCGUGCUUGUGAAUGCUGCAGGAAUAGUGUCUGAUAAUCUCCUGGUCAAGACGCCGCACGCGGACAUGGCCAGUGUGCUGGAAACCAAUCUGGUCGGACCAAUGCUGACAUGCAAGGAAGUCGUGCCGCACAUGCUGCGAUUACGCUCCGGCUGCAUUAUCAACAUUGGCAGUGUGGUGGGCUUGGUCGGCAACCCGGGGCAGACCGUCUACGCGGCUUCCAAGGCGGGACUGGUUGGAUUGACGAAAUCGCUCGCGCUCGAGCUGGCCUCGCAACAUUCGCGCCAACGUCGUGUCACCUGGCUUCAUUGACGCGGGCAUGGUUCAUGCCAUGACGCCCGCGGCGACCGAGGCGGCUCUAAAGCAAAUCCCCCUCGGAAGAUUUGGAACAGCCGACGAAGUCGCCGACACGGUCGCGUUUUUAGUUUCCGCGUCGUACAUUACCGGGCAAAAUAUUGUCGUCGACGGCGGUCUAUCGUAGUAUCGUCGUUGUCGGAGCAGACAGAGCUGGGCGUUCGGCUCAGCAGUGUUUCCGUGCGUAGUUGACGGUUUGUUGUUUCGGCUUGUUAACAAUCUAGGGCUUUCUGACUCUCUCGCUAGCAAUCUCCCAG